AUGGCGAAGCGGGUUGAGGGCUCGGCCCCCGUCAAGGACCGCAUCCACUGGCAGCAGGUGGCCGCCGCCACAAUCGCUAACCUGAGCACGCUGUGCGUGGGCUGCGCCAUGGGCUGGACGGCGCCGGUGCUGCCCGAGCUGGAGCGGCUGCUGGAGCAGCCAGGCGCCGGGCUGGUGGAGGGCGAGCCGCUGACCGCGGCGCAGGGCGCCUGGGUGGGCGCGCUGCUGCCGCUCGGCGCGCUCGCCGGCUCGCUGCCCGCCGGAUUCCUCACGCACCGCUACGGCCGACGCCUGCCGCUGCUCGCCUUCGGCGCACUGCUCUGCGUCGGAUGGCUGCUGCUGCUCUUCCACGAGUGGGUUUCGUUGCUGAUGGUCGGUCGGCUGGUGUGCGGCCUGGCGUCGGCCGGCGUGACGACCAUCGCGCCGCUGUACGCCGAGGAGGUUGCGGCGCUGGAGGUGCGCGGCGCGCUGGGCACGCUGCUCGACCUCAUGCUGGCCGCCGGCCUGCUGCUGGUGUACGGGCUGGGCAUCGUGCUGCCCGUGCGCUGGCUGACGGCCGCCAUGGCCGCGCUGCCGCUCUGCUUCUGCGUCGCCUUCUUCACGAUGCCGGAGUCCCCCGAGUACCUGCGCGGCCGCGGCAAGCACGACGAGGCGCAGCGGGCGGCCGCCUGGCUGCGGCUGGACCACGGCUCUGCCGAGCUGGUGCCCGUGCUGACGGAGACGCAGCAGCUGAAGCAGCAGCAGCGCCACCGGGAGGGGCAGGGUCAGCGCUGGCAGGAGGCGCAGCGCAGCGCCCAGGCGCUUUCCGAGAAGAAGCCCACGGCGCGCGCCUGCAUCUUGGUCUUCUCGCUCAUGGCUUUCCAGCAGCUUAGUGGCAUAGACGCCAUACUCUUCUACACCGUCGACAUAUUCCAGGAAGCAGGGACCUCCAUCUCCCCGCAGCUGUCGAUGGUGAUAACGGGUGCCAUCCAGUUCGUGGCGACCGGAUUCUCGUCGGUGCUGGUGGAGAACGCGGGCCGUCGCCCGCUGAUGAUCAGCUCCGGGCUGCUGAUGACGUUCUCGCACUUGACGCUGGCGGUGCACCAGGGCUGGCCGUGGCUGCAACUCGCGGCCGGCUGGCUGCCGCUCGUGGCCAUCAACCUCUUCCUCAUCGGCUUCGCCGUGGGACUGGGCCCGCUGUCGUGGCUGCUGAUCGCCGAGCUGCUGCCGCCCGGAGACAAGCGCUGGGCCGUCGGCGCCGCCACCUCCGUCAGCUGGCUCGCCUGCGCCCUCAUGACCGGCUUCUUCGACGAGUUCGUCCGCCUCUUCGGCACGUCGGCCGCCUACUGGGUGCUGGGCUGCAUCUGCGCCGCCUACACGGUCUUCGUGACGGCGCUGCUUCCGGAGACGCGCGGCCUCACGGGCCACCAAAUACAGUGCCACCUGUCGAGGCAGGGCGGCACCUCCUGCUGCAUAAGUUCCGGCAGCUGCGACAACGUACAAGAGACCGACCAAACGUCUGGACAUGUCUAGCAGCCGGUGGCUUUCUCUCCCAGCAAGACUGAAAAGAGACUGUGCUGUUGUCCCCAUUAGAACUGUUUGGAAACGAAAAGAACACUUCUGCCGCAGUUGAUAGAGUAGUCAAUGAAUCAUCAAACUCUCUCUCUCUCUAUCUCUCUCUCUGUCUAUACGCACACACACACACACACACACACACACACACACACACACACACACAAUCUCCCAUCACUCACUUGCGAGGUACAUACACUGAAAUUGGCUAUCGGCAACUUACUAUGGUACUAUCUAUUUUGGGUCGACAAUCUUUUCACUCGUUUGGCGCGGUCUGCCACGACUUCUUCUUCUAUGCUUAUCUCUUCAUCGUAGACUAGCACUUGCACUCAAUAUCCUCAACUAUUUGUAGAGUGUAUUCCGAUCUCCUCCCCUACUCCCCUCUGCAGCUCCAUCUAUUUCUUGAUGUAUUGAUACGUGUCCUAUCAUCCUGUCGCUUUUUCUUGUCUGUGUUGUCUAUAUGUUCCUUUCUUCUUUGAUUCUGCGAACCAUGUUCUUACGUUAUCAGUCCAACUAAUGUCCGCCCCCGGUAGCUGAGUGGUAACUGAGUGGAAGGAUCAACAAACGGACAUUAACGGAUGUCACGUGACGUCCGCAACGACCAAACUCAACGAUCAACAAAAAAAAAAGUGGUCAACGCGACAGACUGUCAAUCCUAAGGGCUCGGGUUCGAUUCCCGGCUGGGUCGGAGAUUUUCUACGCUCAGGGACUGGGUGUUGUGUUGUCCUAAUCAUCAUCAUUUCAGCCCCAUCGACGCGCAAGUCGCCGAAGUGGCAUCAAAUUGAAAGACUUGCACCAGGCGAGCGGUCUACCAGACGGGAGGCCCUCGUCACACGACAUUAUUAUUACUUAGUCCAACUAAUUUACAACAUCCUUCUAUAGCACCACAUCUCAAAUACUUUGAAGCUCUUCUUUUCCGUUUCUCCCACAACCCAUCAUUCACUUCGAUUCAAUGCUGUGCCUCAAACAUGCGCUCUUAGAGAUUACUUCAUCAAAUUGAGGUCGAUGUUUGGUACGAAUGCGCUCUUUUUCUGUCCUAGUCUUAUUUUGAUGGGCUCUUCGCUAUUUCCGCCGUGUGUUGUUUAACUUCUAACAUAGCAGAAUUCCCUCACUUCAUCUACUUCGUGGUCACAAAUUCCGAUGUGAAGUUUAUCGCUUAUUUCAUUUCUGCUACUCCUCACAACUUACGUCUUUCUUCUGCUUGCCCUCAACCCACAUUCUGUACUCACUAUACUGAUUAUUCCAUUCAACAGGUCUUGUAAUUCUUCUUCACCUUCAGUGAGGAUAGCACUGUCAUCAUUGAAUCUCAUAACUGGUACCCUUUCACUCUCAGUCCCACUCGUGAACGUAACUCCUACUUCUGUCACUAUUUUUACGAUGUGCAGAUUGAACAGUAGUGCCGGAAGAUUGCAUCCCUUCCUUACUUCCUUUUUAAUCCGAGCACAUCGUUUAUGGUUUUCAGUUCUAACUGUUCCCUCCUGAUUUUUGUACAUAGUGUUUUCAGCCAUGUUUCAAUACAGCUUGCACCUAUUUUCCUAAGGAUACGAAGAUCUUGCUCCAUUUGACAUUGUGGAAUGAAAUUACAGAAAAAGUAUCUAGACAACCGUCAGCGCCCACCAAUGUUUCAGUGUGAUGAUGUGAAAAACCCUGUGGAGAAGAACAUUUUAGUUGCAGUUGGUCCGUUAAUCAUUGAAAUUAUCAAAGUCUCUCUCUCUCUCUCUCUCUCCCUCCCUCCCUCCCUCCCUCCCUCCCUAUCUACCUUUCUCCCUUCCUCCCUCCCUAAAACACACACACACACACAAGCAAACACUUCUGAGAACUCAUUUUCCCUUUCGUUGCUAUUGUGCGCAUCGAAAAGACUGAAGACUGUUAAUAGCUAACUAAAAUAUAUGGGUAAUAAUUAUUGCCCAUUAUUUAAGUGAGAUGAUAUAGUGAAAUGGCUGGAAAGAAGGUGCAGAGUGUUAUUCCACUCCUACCGAUUCAGCUUUCUACGAUCUGUUUGAUUGGACACUCGUCAAUCCAGUCACUCAGGCCACUAGUUCCCAAGCUCCAUUUGUGUUUUCUGUCCUGAAACAAAUCCUGUGCUUGUGAUACAUAUAUAGCUGGACGCGAAUUAGUUUCUAUAAUUUGUUAAGAAGGAUAGACAGGAUUUCAUACAAGUUGACGAUUAUUUUUGUAUUGUCAUCUCCCAAUUUUUCUUCUGAUCUAACUCUCCAUGUAUUGUUGCAUAGCUUUCUCAAACACUGAUCUUAAUCCCACCGCUUUGGUAUCAGGGUAUGUGAGUCUAUACGAGUGAGGAUAGGUUUUGUUUCAUUUUUCCACAAACUCACUCAGAGGCAGUGUUCUCCUUUGAAUUUGAAUGCAUUGGGAGCCAACUGCUUUAAGUAGUUAAAAUUGUCCCAUCGAUUGUCCUUAUAGAUGUGUUUAGUGCGCAUCAUUCUAGUGAAUAUAAGCACUUUCAAGUUACAUUACCGAAAUUCAAUCCUAUUGUUUUAAUUUUGUUAAUAAUUUCCAAAAUCCGUCAAAAUCAAAAACCAAAAUUAAUUACAAAUACUGCAGUCAAUAACGCAAAACUAGUCUGGGCCGUAUAUCUGGGUAACGGUAUCUGCUUAAAAAGUACACGUACUCUUGCAUUUGCUUUAUAAUAAAUGAAGAUGCCACAUAAACUGUAUAAAAGAGAUACACACCAAACCCUUCACACAAUUCACUUUUGUGUAGAUGUAUAGGAUUAUUUGCGAUAUCCUUCGCAAAGAGUAUAGAUUGUUGUAUGAAAAAUCGGAUCACAUCGAAUUGACAAGGAAUAGGGGCCCGUCAGAAGAUGACUUUGUACCAGCAGGUCUCACUGUAAUUAUUGUUCGCGUCAGUGAUUCAUUGAAGUACGUCGUAAAAAUUGUUGACUAACCGAUGGUAACUAACGCGCACUUUAUAUCCAGUAAAGAUACAAGAGCUCCGCUCACAGUACGUGGAAUAUUCGUUUCGUUUGCUUCCUUUACUAAACAAUACAUUGAACAUAUAGGAAAGACAGCUACUCAGGAUGUAGAGUCAUAUAUGCAGGCGGGCAGUGCACUCUUCUCCGUCGUUUAGUUUAUCGGUUCCCAUUUUUUUAAAUUGAAAUUUAUGAGUCAACCUGCUUUCGAAGGCAUAAGGGAGCGGUAUCAUAUCGUGCAGAUAUAAAGAAAUUACUUCUGUCUAAUCCGUGAUUAAGUCACCCACGAAAUAAAUUCUACAACCAUUUAGAAAGUUGAUACGUUUUAUUGCUCGCACGAAUAUUGUGGAAAAUAUGUAGUUGUGUUUUUGUUCCAUGCCAAUACACGCUCGUAUCUGAUGGCUUAUUCAGUCUGGCUGUGUGUUGCAUAGUGUUCCCAGUGCCAACACUGCAGGCGAAACCAACGGGUUUACAUUAAAUAAACUAAGAUUUAUUUUUUCAUACUUAAUUUAAGCACACACAAUAUUAAGAAAACAGUGACAGCAACGUCUAAUUUGGAAUACCGCAGGAUAAGUAACAGAGUGGUCAGCAUUGCUAGGUUCAACGUCACAACAGCGUGACCAAUUUAAAAUUUGAAACACAAAAUAAUAUUAAAGACAAGAACGUACAGAUCUUCAGAUGUGGCAUGUCGUGGAUGUCACACAGUUUACUGCUGUGAAUGAAGCUGACAGUCACUGCAGUGGCUGAUUUUGAGAAGCUACGAUAAAAAUCUUAAGAAGAAAGUUUCCUAAAUAUGUCCCCAAAAAUUAGUGCAGUUAAUGCGUUCAAACUUCAGCAAUACAUUCUAAACAUAAACCGAAAGAAAGAAUCUCCAUUCAUAAAAGCUAGUGUCUACAAAAUCCUAAUACUCCUUCAAAAGCAGAGACAGCAGCUGAAGCUAGUGAAUUCAUAUAAUACGCUUCCGUUUGAUUAUCCGAAAACGUACCCUACAGAUGGCAACGGCUUGCCGCAGUGAUAACACCUGUUCCCCUCAGAUCAUCGAAGUUAAGCGCUGUUGGGUUUGGCUGGCACUUAGCCCUUGUGAGGUCAACUGAGGAGCUGCUUGACUGAAAAGUAGCGGGGCCAAUCACGAGAACUGACAACGGCCGGGAGAGCUCUGUACUGACCUCAUGUCCCUUCGUAACCGCAUCCGGUGGCGCCUAAGGGCUGAGGAUGACUCGGCGGCCGGUCGGUACCGUCGUCCUUUCAAGGCCUGUUCGGACGGUGUUGGUUUUGUUUCUGCCCUGUAGAUACCACUUCAAAAAAUGUUCCGAGGUUACGAAGUGCUACGUCGUGAAGUAUUACAUUGAUUUUUUAUGCAGAAUUGAUGACAUUUAAACGGUUAUAGCAGCUGGAUAUACCGCUUAAAUGUCAGAUAUACUUUCAGUAACCCAAAGUUUUAUCUUAUCUGAUAUUGAGGUUGUCAGGAAAUCGUAUGCCAUUUACUUUAUUUUUCUCGCACAUUAUCCAAAUUUCUCUUGGUUCGCCUGUGAGAAGUCUGUCUCUUUGUAUAGGGAUUUGCUGAAGUUCUUCACUGCUGUGCUCUUGCUACAGCGCUGCCCUGGAGACAAGCAAUGCUGGAACUGAUUCUACAUCUACAUCUAUCCUCUGAAAACCACUGCGAAGUGCAUGGUAGAGGUUACGUCCCACUGAACCAAUUAUUAGUGUUUUCUUCCGUUCCAGCCACGUAUGGAAGGCGGGAAGAAUGAUUCUUUAAAUGCCUCCGUGCGUUUUCUAAUUAAUCUAAUAUUGUCCUCGCGAUUCCUACGGACGUGAUACGUAGAGUUUGCAGUAUCAUCAUUUAAUGCCGGUUCCUGAAAUUCUGUUAGUAGACUUUAUAGGGACAGUUUACGUCUAUCCCCAAGAGUUUGCCAGUUCGCAUUCCUACGCAUCUCUGUAACGCUGUCCCACAGGCCAAAGAAACAUGUGACCAUUUGUGCUACCCUUCUAUGUAUACGUUAAAUAUCCACUGCUAGUUUUAUCUUGUAUGGGUCCCACACACUAGGCGAAUUUUCUUGGAUGGGCCACACGAGUGAUUUGUAAGCAAUCUCCUGUGUAGACUGAUUACAUUUUCCCUGUAUUCUACCACUAAAACAAUAUACCUCUUUUACCCAGGACUGACCCAUAAUUCCAUUUCAUAUCCCUAUACAGCGUAACACUGAGGCUUUUGUAUAAGUUGACUGAUAUUAUAGUCAUAGGAUACUACCAUUUUUCGUUUUGUGAAGCGCACUUCUUCUUCUACUUGUAACUUCUGCUUUUCUCUAGCUUGCAAGUAAUUUUAUAUGCUCUGACAAAGAAGAAAUAUUCUUGUAUCAAAAGCAAUACCCUUUUACCUAUUGUAAGGAAGUUCUUAAUUUGCUUUGUUAAUGCACAAAUUAGUAUUUCAUCAAGUAAGAAACUGGAACAAAAUACAAAAGAUGAUAGUUUAUUUUUUUUCAGCAGAUGAAGAAAUUCAGCAUAAAACGUUUGUUACAUUGAUAUUACAUAUUAACUAUAUACAAGGAAGUGUAAUUGCAGUGGGAUAAAUGCAGUAAAAAAUCAAUGAACAAUAGAUUUCUUAAAAAUACACAUCAGACAGAAUAUCAUACACAGUACAUGUUAACCUAUCAGUCACAAAAGUGGUUCCUGAGCAUAUCUCAUAAGUGUGUGCCUUUCUAGCUUUGAUUAAGACGCAGACACUAUUGUUCAAAACUUUGAAGGGUAAGAAUAUCAGCUUUUGUUCUCGUGUACAAAUAAAACAAUUUAUGUGUUCGUUAUUGUAAUAGUAUGAAAAACUAGACACGUG